GGAGCCAGGGUCGUGUGUUGAUGACGUCAGCUGGGGUUUUCCGGGUUGUAUGGGCUGUCGAUUACAGUCAGCUACGCUAACUAAAAGUUAAACGCUUCACUGGGAGUGUGCCACUUACUGAGGUCGAGGACAGAGAGGAUACUACUGAAAUCAUGAAGGGGGGAAGCGAGUCGUACUACAGCGUGUGUGUUAUAUAGCGUCGCAGUAGUCGACCCAGAAUAGAUAGCAAGUGAAAAAGGAAAAUGUCAACAACGCGGCCCUUCCCAGGCAUGAAGCGAGUCACCGAGCUAACCUGCGCAGUGUCGCCGGGGAACAGCCGCGCUCCUGCCGCUAGUAAACUCCUGCCAGAGGCGUGGACCAUCGACGAAUUUACAGUACAUGAAGGCAAAGAAGCGGAGUUAAAAUGCGCAAAGUCUCGAGUCGAACAAGUUUUCCAGGUAGCAUUUACAAUUAUUGGCCUGUUGGACCACACUGUUGGAGCCCACGGAAGUAAAGCGUCUAGGCAAAUCUGGCUUCAGCUGAAGGGGAAAAAAGAGGAUGUAUCGAAAGCAAAGGAGUAUGUUAAGGGCCUUUGUGACCCAGAGCUGCAAAAAGAAGAGAGAUAUCCAGUGGACAUGCAUUGCAUCUUCGCUGGUGCUGGUGGCCUCUUUCUGGACCAUUUGCUGCGAGACACAAGCGCUGAGGUGCAGGUGCUAGAGCCGGGCCGUCUGCGGCUGCUGGGUUGUGCCGAAGCCGUGGUAAUGGCACAGAGCCGCGUGCAGCAGUUUGUUGCCCUCUUCCAAGAGAAACGUAGCUUGCCAGCUGACCGGGAGCCCUCAGUCAAGCGAACCUUUAAGAACUUUGUGGAGGAGCGGGCAGACAAAUAUACAAUGGAACUGUUGCUUUUACCUAGUGCCCUAAAGGAGGAGCUUCUGGGGCUUGCGCAGAGCCCUACACAGCUUAGCGUAGACUUGGAGCAGGACCGCUCUCAGACCAGCACUCCCGUCACUGAGCUCUCCAAUCGAAUCCUGGUUGCAACCUUUGAGGAGAAGUCAUCCGCAAAGGACAAGGCUUCCUUUGAGGACAAGGCGUGCAGUCCUGUGCCCGUGCCUGACGUGCUGGUCCUGAACGGGCGGCCAACUCACAAGCGGCGCUCAUCCGAGAGUGAGCAAAGGGACACCAAAAGGCAGUACUCACUGGAGAGAAGGGACGAGGACCAGGACAGAGAGAAAACCCGUGAUGACAGCCAGACACGGACAAGGCCACCUGGCAGGAUGGUGUUGGACACUGGUGAUACAUCUGAUGAGGGUGAAGCCGUGAGCCCUGAGACCAACCUGCGGUGUCUGGUGAACUUCUUCAGAACCAUGGGCUACCAGCAGGAUGUGGUAGAGCGGGUAGUGCGUGAAACAGGCCAAACUGAAGACACCUUCCUGCUGCUGGAGCGCAUUGUGGAGGAGAGCCACAAGAGCCAAAAGAGCCAGGAGACCUCCACUAUAGCUAACCCAUGUCCCUCUACCAACUCCACUUACACUCGGCUCAAGGAGAAGGAACGGGUGCAAGGUCGAGCUCUAACAGAGAUCAAGCUAAAGGAGAAUAUCAAGGUGCCCAGCAGUAAUGGUUGGAGCCAAAAGAGCCAGACAAUCAGUGCUGCAUCAAUGGACAAUGACGACGAUGUCAUAGAGAUCGGGAGAAAAUGCAGGACUGUUGGGCCUCUUGAUCUUAAAUCGGACUCCAGGUUUGAUUACCUGUCACGAGGUGGCUCACAGACUGUGGGGCCCAUACGGAUGGAGGCUGUGACGGCACUGCGCAGUUCUGCUAUGGAAACACGACCAAGCUGCUCCUACCAGACCUGUCCACGAGUCCCACUACCCCACACUGAGCCAUCAGCACUGCCAAAGGCCAUUCCUCUUACAGGGAUGUCCCGCUUUCAGCAGUCACUGCGAACCCCCUAUCGACUGGUCCUGCAGGACGUACCCGGGCAACCAGACCUCCGGCACAUCAUCAUAGACGGCAGCAAUGUGGCCAUGGCACAUGGACUCCAUCGAGUCUUCUCUUGUCGCGGGAUUGCCAUUGCUGUGGAAGCCUUCUGGCGAAGGGGACAUCGAGAGAUCACUGUCUUUGUACCACAGUGGAGGCAGAAAAAAGACCCCAACAUAACAGAACAACACUUCCUUAAUCAACUGGAGGACUUGCGGUUGCUGUCCUUCACCCCCUCUAGAGAGGUCUGUGGGCAAAGGAUAACUUCACAUGAUGACAGGUUCUUGCUUCAUUUGGCAGAGAAGACAGGAGGCAUUAUUGUCACUAAUGACAACCUGAGAGACUUUGUUACACAGUCUGAGGCUUGGAAAAAGAUCAUACAAGAGAGACUCUUGCAGUUCACCUUUGUGGAGGAUCAUUUCAUGAUCCCAGAUGAUCCUUUGGGAAAACACGGGCCUCUCUUGGAGCAUUUCCUGCGCAAAGACAGCCGAGCCGUUGCUAGUCCUCUCAUUCCCCCACUGAGGAUGGACCUGAAGGCCACGCCUUCAGUUCAUGCCCAGACACAUGCCCCGUUGCCCACUCAGUCCAGAUCAGCAUCACACUGGCCCCAUUCUGGCCCACCUGACUGGCAUCCGCCUCGUCUGUCCUCUUCUCCACCUCCACAGCGCACACUUUCAGAAACUACAGAGCUGAAGAAGAAGCUGUACGACAUUUUCCCUGACCAACAGCAGCGCAUCGACCGCAUCCUCAAUGACAACCCUUACAUGAGGGACCUGAAUGCUCUGUCAGGCCUCCUGUUGGGCUGAACACAUCACUGUUGAGAACACAUGCACAAACACACAAAGCAGUGUUUCAUGUCAGUCUGACUACAGAACAAUGGUAAACAUGACUUUGAUUUUUUAUAUAUAUAUAUAUAUAUAUAUAUAUAUAUAUAUAUAUAUAUAUAUAUAUAUAUAUAUAUAUAUAUAUAUAUAUAUAUUUAAAGACUUUGUGAACUAAAGACUGCUGCAAGUGGGUUGUUUGUUUUAGGGAAUCUUGUUCUCUCUACUACUUUGCUUUCAAGAUUACGGAAUCCCUCCCAUGUAGCUACAAGCACAAUUAAUACACUUCAGUUUGGAUUUGCGUUUAACGAAGGAUGAAAGAUGAAAAGUCCACAUGGCAAAUAUUUGUUGUACAUAUUUAUUACAGAUAUUCCUCCAAUAAUUUAUCAGUGAAAAAAAUCUUUGUUCUAAAAGGUCUUUUAGCCACACGAGUUGUUUUUAAACUGGCUUUGCGGCAAUGGCUGCUGAAGGACAAAUGCUUGUUUUUGCUGUCAGUUUCAUUAACAAUGAUUUUGGGCGUUGACCCAUUUGAGUAAAAAUGAAGAUGCAAUAAAAUGCCCAAGUUGUUUGCAACCAGUCACUUGGUUAUGGAGGUUAAAAAAUAAAUCCUAAUUUUUAUUACAA